AUAACUGGACGUAUUCCAGUAUCGUCCUGUGCACGCCAAACACGCCUUUUUUGGCUCUCAUCUGACACUUUGCCAGAGCUUGUGUACAGGGUUUGCCAAGGCUGGAGAGGUAUGCGAAUGAUUACAUAUUUGUAUACUUGCACGGGGCUGUAAUGUGAGCCUUGUAGAAGGAUCCUGUAUGGGCAGAGACUGCGAGGGCUGCAGCAGGUACUGAAACGGAAUCUGCAGCUGCAACGAAGGUCAACGCAGCACUGAACCCACCCAACGAGCGGCUAACGGACUGUCCGCAGCAUUGACCCAUCUUCAUCAUCCAGGAAGGCUCUGCUAAGGCUGUGGAUCCAUCCAAUAAAGACUGUUUGCACCACCAUUAAAUCUACCCAUUGAGGGCAUUUGGCUCAGAGGGAGAGAUGCCGCGCCAGUUUCCGCGCCUCAGUGUCUCGGAGGUGGACGAACAGGUCCGGCUCUUGGCCGAGAAGGUCUUUGCUAAAGUCUUAAGAGAAGAAGACAGUAAAGAUGCCUUUUCACUCUUCACCGUUCCCGAAGAUUGUCCUAUCGGACAGAAGGAGGCCAAAGAGAGGGAACUGGAGAGGGAAUUCGCGGAGCAGAAUUCCGCUGAAACUGUUAAAAGAAAGAAAAGUUUUAAGAUGAUCCGGUCCCAGUCCCUAUCCUUACAAAUCCCAUCUCUGGAUUGGAAGGCACCAGCCGUGACGCCUAUUCUUUCCCCCGUGUCUCCAGUUCCACCGCCAGCCACUAUUCGAGGUCCAGGGCCAUCAGUCCAAGAGGCAUAUGAUGUUCCUGAAUUUCAGAGAAUGACCAUUUCUGGAGAUUACUGUGCUGGGAUAACCUUAGAUGACUAUGAACAGGCUGCAAAUGGACUCUCCAAAGCCUUGCUCAUCCGAGAGAAAUAUUCGCGACUGGCAUAUCAUCGGUUCCCGCGAACAACUUCCCAGUAUCUGUGCACUAUGAAUGAUGAAAGCUGGAAAAUGGAGGAUGAAGUCUUUCCAGAGCUAAACCCUCCUCCUGACAAGGAUACGUACAAUCUGGAAAAUGUUCCCGCAAAUCUGAAUUAUGUAGUGAAACUAAGAGCCGGAAUCCCUCACAUCUAUGACAAUAACGAGAUGGCAGAAAAGCAUGAGCCGAGAAGCUAUCCAUACCCGGAUUUAGAGACGUACACCCUGGACCUCAGCCACAUCCUGGCUCUCAUCACGGACGGUCCAACAAAGACGUACUGCCACAGACGACUUAAUUUCCUGCAAUCUAAAUUUAAGCUUCACGAGAUGUUGAAUGAAAUGUCCGAAUUAAAGGAACUGAAAAGCGUGCCUCACCGUGACUUCUAUAACGUGCGGAAGGUGGACACUCAUAUCCACGCCGCGGCCUGCAUGAACCAGAAACACUUACUACGAUUCAUCAAACACAGUUACCGCACUGAGCCCGACAAGGUCGUAACGGAGAAAAAUGGGAAAAAGAUGACUCUGAAGGAAUUGUUUGAAAGUCUUCACAUGGACCCCUACGAUCUGACGGUGGACUCACUUGAUGUUCACGCUGGUAGACAGACAUUUCAUCGGUUUGAUAAAUUUAAUGCCAAAUAUAAUCCUGUGGGAGCCAGCGAGUUACGUGAUCUCUAUCUGAAGACAGAAAACUAUAUAGACGGGGAAUAUUUUGCUCGGAUUGUUAAGGAAGUUGCUGGUGAAUUGGAAGAAAGUAAAUAUCAAUACAGUGAGCCACGGUUAUCCAUCUAUGGACGAUCCCCCAAGGAAUGGGAUGUCUUGGCAAAAUGGUUCAUUAAACACAGGGUAUAUUCUCCCCACAUGCGCUUCAUGAUCCAAGUUCCACGAAUCUUUGACAUAUUCAGAACAAAGAAGAUUCUUCCGGAUUUUGGCAAAAUGCUAGAAAAUAUAUUUUUGCCGUUAUUUGAGGCGACUAUUAACCCUUCGGAUCACAAAGAGCUUUAUCUCUUCAUGAACUAUGUGACCGGGUUUGAUAGUGUGGAUGAUGAGUCAAAACACAACGACCACAUGUUUUCAAACAAAAGUCCAGCCCCUGAAGAGUGGACCCAGGAACAGAACCCUCCGUACAGUUACUAUUUGUUCUAUAUGUACGCCAACGUCAUGCUUCUCAACAACCUGCGCAAGGAGAGAGGGAUGAGCACAUUUCUGUUUAGACCUCACUGUGGAGAAGCUGGUUCCAUCACACACCUUGUAUCUGCCUUUUUAUCGGCUGACAAUAUAUCGCACGGGUUAAACCUCAAAAAGAGUCCAGUACUGCAGUAUCUAUAUUACCUCGCCCAGAUACCCAUCGCCAUGUCCCCACUGAGUAACAACAGUCUGUUCCUGGAAUACUCCAAGAAUCCACUCCGUGAAUUUCUACACAAAGGGCUCAUUGUGUCUCUCUCCACCGAUGAUCCCAUGCAGUUUCAUUACACCAAGGAAGCACUGAUGGAGGAAUACGCCAUUGCAGCCCAGGUCUGGAAGCUCAGUACAUGUGACUUGUGCGAGAUUGCACGAUACAGCGUCUUACAGAGUGGCCUGUCAGACAAGGAAAAGAAGCAUUUCCUGGGUGCAAAUUACAUGAAGGAAGGUCCCGAGGGAAAUGACAUUAGCAGAACGAACGUCGCUCAGAUCCGGAUGGCUUACAGAUAUGAAACUUUAUGCAAUGAGCUCAGUUUCCUGGCAGACGCAAUGCAUUCUGCGGAGAUUACUGACACUCAUGCAAAUUAAGAUUUCUUACUUGCCAAGCGCAUAUUGUUGUGCCUAAUAAAUCUUUCACCGUUUGAAAUGACAAUCACAAGAGUUUACACUGCGGUGAAUAGAUCGGUUUGUGUAGUCAUUUUCUUAAGGACUAAUUAUGUCAUCCACUCUUCAAUGCCUUAGACACUGCCCAUAGAUAAUUUAUCAAUAAUUUUAAAUGUUGCUCAAUUUACAUAAUGUGACACUGGGAGCAUUUCCUGCUGUUACAGCGA